CAUUUCCGUGUCGUCAUCAAUUCUUGCGCAGGGGUUGUUUUCCGUCGUUGAAGUGAAUAGAGAAAAAUGACCACCCCCACAGCCACAGCGAGGAUUUCCUCAAAGAAACAGACCCUAGAAGAUGCGUAUUCACCUCCAGCGAACUUUUUGGAAAUCGAUGUUUCAGAUCCACAGACUCACGGUGUAGCCAAAAAACGAUACACUGAUUACGAAGUCCGAAUGAAGACAAAUCUACCUGUCUUCAAGCUCAAAGAAUCAAGUGUACGACGCAGAUACAGUGACUUUGAAUGGUUACGAAAUGAACUGGAAAGGGACAGCAAAAUUGUUGUGCCCCCACUGCCAGGAAAAGCAUUGAAAAGACAGCUUCCCUUUAGAGGAGACGAUGGGAUCUUUGAGGAUGAAUUCAUCGAGGAUAGACGGAAGGGACUUGAACAGUUUAUCAACAAAGUUGCUGGCCACCCAUUAGCCCAGAACGAGAAGUGUUUGCAUAUGUUCCUGCAAGAACCGGUUAUUGACAAAAACUAUGUUCCGGGGAAGAUCAGGACCACGUGAAAAUGCUAUGACUGGACCAAAAUCAUUUGUCAUGUGUUAUACAAACAACAUAAUGUCACCUGUUACAUGAUAUAAAGAAGAAGAAAAAAAACACACAAAAAAACCCCCAUGGUCUGUAUUAUCCUUUUGCUUAGAAUUAUUAUUUAAGAAUUCAUGCUGUGUAAGUGUGUUUGUCGUUUGGUACUUCUAAAAAGGGUAACGUGGACCCUUUCAUUGGCCUUGGAUUUGUCCAUCAAUCAUGCUUUCAUUAGUGACCUAGUAAAAUUUGACAUUUUAGUUCUGUUGUUCCCUUUGUGAUAUCUGUGGGCUGGUCGAUAACAAUAAAAAAGGUUCCACAGACAGCAUGUGACUAUUUUUAUAAGGUAAUAAAGUAAUAUUUUUGUGAAUUUGAAGGAAAUUCAUCUGCAUUAGGACUGCAAUUUUCAGGGAAAUGCAACCAUUAUCAAUUUGGAUAUUUAUCUGGUAUAUUAACAUGGUUUAGUCUUAAGGAUGCUUUUGUACUGACAAGGGAAAGUUAAAUUUGAGUUUAGAAACUCAGCAUAUUGGUGAUAGUGCCAGUAAGGGUGGUGUUUGUUUUUGUUUUUUGGCAACCAUGCAUUUUGUAUUGUUUCUUUUAUAUAUUUUCUGUUUUGUAUGUAAUUUAAAUGUGAAAAUUGUGCUCUGUAAAUGAGGAAUGACAAUGCAAUGUCUAUUUCACAAGUGUUGUUUUUUUGUUUUUGUUUCUUUUUUGAUAAUGCUCGUUCCUUAUGUGCGCUCAUCUAUUCUCCAAGCUGUGUAAAAAUUACUGAAAUACAAGUCACUUGCCAUGAUUUUGUUUACAUACUUGUUUGUUUCUUUUUCUUUAACUUCAUCCAAGUUCCUUCUUCACUGGUGCAGUCAUUCCUCAGGCUGCAAAAAAUUCUGGCUCAAAGUUAAUGUGUGGGAGAUGGUACGGUGCUUUGUGCCAGAAAUCUGAAGUGAGGGGGGUGCCAUUUUGUCUGAAAUGUCCUUGAGAUUAUUUAGGAGGAAUGCUUCAGACUUGUUUCCUGUUUGGCACUUCACCUUCCCCUUUUUGUUGUUUAUAUGCUAAGCGGGGCAUUUCUUAUUGCUGACCAGCCAGUUAGUUUCAGAAAUUCUCCGUCUUGUCAAUGAGACACCUGAGAAAUGCCACCACGCUGCAUCAUUGUCAGUGACUGUACAUCAAAGGAGCUGUUGAUGCAGGGUUGCUUUCAAGUUUAUUGUGUAACCGGACUAUAAAAAGUUUUUGAUUCAUUCUGUUUUGCUGUGUCUGAUUUUUCUGUCAGAAUUUCUCUUACGUUUAUUUGGCUUUUCUUAUUGCUCCUAUGCCUCAAUCACUGUAGAGGAUGAUGAUUGGAAGAUUUGAGUGAACUUGUGGAUCAACUUUCGGGGCCCUAACUCUACUUGAAGUAAAGGUCUUUUUGGUGAUAUGAAAAAAAUAGGUGGAGAAGGGAACCGGUCUGUGGUGGAACAUUUACUUCGUUUAGUGCCUGAGAGCUUACAUGUUAUUGUUUCAUGGCUUUAACAUUUCUGUGUCACCUAAGUUCUUCUUGCUAGGAAAUGAUCGCACUCUCUUGUGGGGAUUGGAUGAGCACCAGAGCUGUUUGUAAUCCUGUAGCCAAGAGAAAAGAUGGUGACAAGGAAAACAUGGUUAAUAUUUUUGUCUGUUGAGAGUAGCUUUAACUUUGAAAAGACUUUUUAUAACGAAGUUUAAAUUUUUUCUUUUCUCCGGUCUGAAAUAGGCUGACUGAAGUACAGUAUUCCUUCGAUUAUUUUGGAAAUUACCUUCCAGAACCUUUCACAAUGGGGGGAAUCUGUGAAGCAGAAUAAAAAAGAUAUAUAUAUUUAUUUCUUAAUUUAUGCGUUCAUGGUAUCUCCCUGCACUACCAUGAACCUCUCCUAGCUUCUUAAAAACCCUUUUUAUCCUCAGAUUUUGAGAGAUCAGUGAUAUCAAAAAAGAUGUUUGCCUAUAGUAAUUUUACUCCAAAUUAAAACUUCCUAUACAUGGGUUUUCUCUAUAUUGUUGUUUAUAGAGUUUCCAUAGAUUUCUCAUUUCAGCUAGAAAGAACUGGGAUAUACAAGUCCGUGAAAUGUGAUCUAUAUGGCAAGGGAAUACUGUAAUUCUUUACAAUACUAAAACAGACUUUAUUCCAUGUAUAGUCCUAAUGCCCAGGUGAUGUGGUUUUUAUUUUUUUUUCUGUAAAACGUCCUAAUAUGUAUCGAUAUUUAACUGAAAGAGAAGAAUGAUGCCUUGGGACCUAAGCCUGGGUUGUGAAAGACUACCAUACUCAUUUUUAUUACAAAUGCAGAAAGUCUUUUGGAAAAAGCAAGGGCAUGUUUGUCAUACUUUUUUAGAGCAUUUUCUCGUUUGUUUAGUUGUUUUUUUGGAGCUUUUUUCAAAUCGACAGUACAAUAUGCAAUUUUGCAUAAUCUUAUGUUGCCUUUUUAUUCCCUUUUCCCCUUCCUAUCCUUUUUGUCUUUUAGCAGUCACUUUUGACAUGGUCUUGUCAGUGAACUACUGUUGGAGAUGCUACCAAUCCUUUACAUUAUUAAGAGCUCUUUGAGUUUAUCACAUAUAUAAUAUAUGUAUGAAAGUCCUAACCUUCAACUGAACCGUCAAACCUGGUUCCUGUUGGAUAAUGGUAUCAGGCUUUUUCGCAAUUUCUUCUUGUGCAGGUCAAUGUAGUUACUCUUACAGGUUUUUAAAUUUUGUCAUAGGAGUGACAAGCAUUUAAUGUCUUAGAUGGAAGUUAAAUUCAGAGGUCCCGCCUCUUAAAUAACCUUACUGUGUGGCAAGGGGCGGUAAACCUAUACAAUUUCACACAUUGUCUUUUUUGCAUGUUGUCUGAGAACCAGAACAAUAUCAGUUACUGUUUAAGUCUUCUCAACUUCGUUCCUGUUCAAGGGGCGAUAUGGUCUUGGCUAUACACAUUUUUAUGGAUUCAUGUAAAACGCAAGAGUCGUGAGAUGAUUUGUCUUGUAACUAUAGAAGUGAAUUGUCAAGUUACAUAUUGCUGGCAACAGUGAGUGUGCACAAUGUCUCUAGUGAAUUUAUGUAUACAGCUAAGAUAUUAAAAUAUUUAAUACCUGAUGAAAUACCAUGGUACCUGUUGCUCGUUUUGUUUUUGUUUGUUUUUUUAAUGCCUUCAUCCCUUACCCUACAAUUUUGUUUUUUAUGAGUUUUAGAAUGUGCUUGUAUUGGGUGGGAUUUCAUAAAGAAGACGUUAGUUGCAGAACUUCUGAAAGGUGUGUGAACCUUUUGGACACAAACAGAAAUGGUAGGAAAUGCAAGUUUUCUAUUUUGAAAUGAAAUCAAGUAGCAAGUUUUGAGGGGGAGGGGCAGGGGUUGAUUAUGGUUGCCCAACAUGUGCAUGUUGUUUUAGAGCCACUUGUUAGUCUUUUGGAAAGAUGAUAACAUUUUUAAUACUCAAUUCUUUUUUUUUUCUUCUUUCUGCUCAUGCAUACUUUUUGUCACACGCACACACACUCAAAAUUGAUAAAUUCAAUAAACAUAUAUAUUAUACUCUCAAA